AUGUCUCGCUGGAGGCUCUUAUUUCGCAGGGUUGGACUGGAGUCCUUGCUGAUUCUGUGGCUGCUGCUAGGGUCAGGAUUUUGCACGGAUACUGUCAAUUUUCUCACCUAUGAGGAAGAAGCCACCGGCACCAUCAUCGGUGUUUUGUCUGAUCACGUCCAGUCUAAUUCCCAGCGCGAGGUGCCAAGCCAGUUCCGCCUGAUGAAGCAGUUCAACAGCUCUCUGCUCCGGGUGCGCGAGGGCGACGGGCAGCUGACCGUCGGGGACGCGGGCCUGGACCGUGAGCGGCUGUGCGGCCAGGCCCCGCAGUGCGUGCUGGCCUUAGACGUGGUCAGCUUCUCUCAGGAGCAGUUCCGGCUGGUGCACGUGGAGGUGGAGGUGAGGGACGUCAACGACCACGCGCCGCGCUUCCCUAGGGCCCAGAUCCCCGUGGAGGUGUCCGAGGGUGCGGCCGUGGGCACGCGCAUCCCCCUGGAGGUGCCUGUGGACGAGGACGUGGGCGCCAACGGGCUGCAGAGCGUGCGCCUGGCCGAGCCACACAGCCCCUUCCGCGUGGAGCUGCAGACGCGCGCGGACGGCGCCCAGUGCGCGGAUCUGGUGCUGCUGCAGGAGCUGGACCGCGAGAGCCAGGCGGCCUACAGCCUGGAGCUGGUGGCCCAGGACGGCGGCCGCCCGCCACGCUCCGCCACGGCCGCCCUCAGCUGCAAGGUCAUCGUGCGCAUCCGCGACGUUAAUGACAACGCGCCCGACAUCGCCAUCACCCCGCUGGCCGCCCCGGGUGUGGCAGCCGCCUCGCCCUUCGCCGCUGCCGCCGCUGCUGCUGCGCUCGGGGGAGCGGACGCGACUUCUUCGGCGGGACCCGCGACGCCAGAGGCUGAUGCCACCUCUCUGGUGCCUGAGGGGGCGGCGCGCGAGAGCCUGGUGGCUCUGGUCAGCACCUCGGACAGGGACUCGGGCGCCAACGGGCAGGUGCGUUGCGCCCUCUAUGGGCACGAGCACUUCCGGCUGCAGCCGGCCUACGCUGGCAGCUACCUGGUGGUGACCGCAGCGUCGCUGGACCGCGAGCGCAUUGCUGAGUACAACCUGACCGAGGACCGCGGCGCGCCCCCACUGCGCACGGUGAAGCCCUACACGGUGCGCGUGGGCGACGAGAACGACAACGCGCCGCUCUUCACGAAGCCAGUCUAUGAGGUGUCGGUGCGUGAGAACAACCCGCCCGGCGCCUACCUGGCCACGGUGGCUGCCCGGGACCCGGACCUGGGCCGCAACGGCCAGGUCACCUACCGGCUGCUGGAGGCCGAGGUGGGCCGCUCCGGGCACUCUGUGUCCACCUACCUCUCGAUGGACCCAGCCACUGGGGAGCUGCGUGCUCGACGGUGCUUUGACCGCGAGGAACGGGCGGAGAUGCAGCUGGAAGUGGAGGCUCUCGACGGGUUCUCGCCGCUCUGGGGCCUGGCUGUAGUGCGGCUGCAGGUGGAGGAUCAGAAAGACCACUCGCCCCGUCUGGUGGCCCCACUAUUAUUCAAUGGCUCAGCCCAGCUGCCUCUGCCCUGGGAUGCACCGUUGGGCUACCUGGUGACCCAACUGCAGGCAAAAGACGGGGACGAAGGCUCCAACGCCGACCUGACUUACAUCCUCCUCCGCGACGACGGCGGCCCCGGGGCGCUAGCGCUGCAUCCGGCUUCGGGUGAGCUGUCUCUGCAGCGCCGCCUGACCCCGCAGCCCACCGGCCAGCUGACAGCGGUCAUCGCGGUACGGGACGGAGGCCGGCCCACCCUGUCGUGCACUGCCACAUUGCUUCUAGAGCCCGCGGACCCGGCGCCCUCUGGCGGAGAAGUGGUGCUAGUGCCGCCGCCGCCGCCGCGGCCGCCGCCGGAGCAGGGAGAGGGACCCGCGGUGUGGCGAUCAGCGAGGGGAUCAGGGCUGCAGCCUGAACCCUCAGUCGUCUGGGUCGGUGUUUUGGCCAGCAGCUGCGUUCUUCUGCUAGUGGCCAUCGUCGCUGUGACUUGUUCCUGCCAAGGCAGGGUUCCUCGUGGAGACACGGCUGCUUUCCAUUUCCGCAGAAGUCCAGGAGGGCGAGUCCGUGGAGAAUUCGCAGUCCAGGGACAGUGGAGUGUCUUUGUGCUGCUCUCGUCGGGAGAGGAGCGGGAUCCUAUGGGCCCGGAUUUAGGACUGAUUUACAUUCCUGAAGCUGUGUCUACCUUUGAGUUUGAAGGAGAUGUUCUGAUUUAA